AUUUUGUACUAGUUACAUAGUUCCGCAAUAGAAAUUUGCGUAAAAACAUUACACAUGAAACUUGUCUCAAAGGGGAUGGGUGACGUCACUACGGAAAUAAAUCGUCAAGGUAACUUUUCCUUGCUGUACACUUAUAGCUCAUGAAGUUUUUGUGUUGUGCCUUUAUUUAUCUUUAGUUUUAACGCUCUUUAUAAUUACUUGUGAUGCGUUUGUAAUAACAAAAGAUGUCGGCUCUGUCAGCGUACCCUAUUGGUAAAUAAUAUGCAUGUAAGAAAACGGUUCCAUUGAAAUAUUCUUACCUCAGGGCAUUUGUUCAGUGGUUGUUGGUAAACAAUAAUGCCAUGUCUGACACAUUUUGGAAAUAAUUAGUUAUAAUUUACGGGAGCUCCGGUGCAAGUUAGUAUUUUAAAUUUGACAAUGAUCCUUUAAUAUAUUAGCAGACUCCGUUAUUGGACAAAAAUGGUCAAAGCGGGAUUUAACAAGCAAAAGUCCCUUUUGCACGUCAAUAGAGAUAACCACAAGCUUACCGAAUACUUCCCGAUUAGACGAUCUAUUAGGAAAACCAAGAAACACGUAUUACGAGAACAGCAGACAUGGCUAGAAAAUGUUAUAAGGAGAGAAACCGAAGAAGGUCUGGAGAUUCGACACGUCGAAGAUAAAGGAAGAAGCAUUUUUGCAACCAGAGACUUUGCAAAGGGUGCCUUUGUAGUUGAGUACAGUGGGGAUUUCAUAAGUAUUGCUGAAGCCAAUGAACGGGAGGACCAAUACUCACAAGACGAAAGUACAGGUUGCUAUAUGUAUUAUUUCAAAUAUAACGACCAGCAGUUUUGCAUCGACGCUACUAAAGAAUCUGGGAGAAUGGGUCGCCUUAUCAACCAUUCUCGCACAAACAGCAAUCUGUUCACAAAGACUGUCAUGGUUGACGGUUUGCCUAGGCUCGUGCUGUUUGCCAAGGAGAAUAUAAAGAAAGGGGAGGAGUUGCUGUAUGAUUAUGGAGAUCGUGCAAGGGAGUCUCUACAAAACCACCCAUGGUUGAAGUAUUAAUUUUUCAUUUCAUGAAUUAUUCCUUUGUCAUGUUUGUACAAAAAUCACAUAGUUUUUCUUAGAUUGUGCAGCUUUAUUUCAGUAUUUAUUUGUAGGUUAGGUAACAGUUGAAAAUAUUGAUAAUUCAUUUUAUAUAAAUUUAGACAUGAAAUUAGAACUGAAGACAUUAUGGUGAAUAUGGAAUGCCCAAGUGUAUCUCUUGUUUUAAAAUUGUAAAUUUAUAUUUAAUUUUUAUUAACAAUGUAAUACAGUACUUAUUAGUGCUUUUAUUACUUUAAAAUUUAUAGCGAUUUUUUAAAAUCUGUAAUGACAUUUUUUUAAUAGACAGGAGUAAAUUGUUUCUUUCA